ACUGGCUACGGACAGGUCUACUUUCUCUCUCUAGAUUUUCUUCCACUUUUUUCUCCCUCAUACGUAGUAGAGAAAAUUCUCUGUUUUGAAUUUCUUCUCUGCCAAACUUUCCUCUCAUUCUGCAUCACUAUUUAGAUCUUAUAUUCGUGUUUUCUCUCUGAAAUUCUGUGAUCUUGAACCCAACUGCUGACCUUAGCUUACUCAAUGGCCGGCCGUUACGAUCCCAACCCUUUCGCCGAAGAAGACGAAGUUAACCCCUUUGCUGACCCAGCAGUUAGGGGGAAAGCAUCUGGGCAGUCGAAAUUUGGCGGAGGUGCAUUUUAUACAUCUAGUGCUGGCACUGUUCCUUCUGCCACAAACUCAAGGCUUUCACCUCUUCCUCCUGAACCUGCAGAUUUCUAUGAUCGUAAUGCCCCAAUUGAUAUUCCACUUGAUACAGCUUCGGAUUUGAAGAAGAAAGAGAGAGAACUCCAAGCUAAGGAAGCUGAAUUGAGAAAGAGAGAACAGGAAGUAAGACGGAAAGAAGAGGCUGCGGCACGAGCUGGUAUUGUUCUUGAGGAGAAAAAUUGGCCUCCAUUUUGCCCUAUCAUCCAUCAUGAUAUCGCCAAUGAAAUACCAAUUCAUCUGCAGAGGUUGCAGUAUGUUGCAUUUACAACAUUGUUGGGAUUGUUUGGGUGUCUUCUCUGGAAUAUUAUAGCCACUACCGCAGCAUGGAUUAAAGGAGGAGACCCAAAAAUCUGGUUCCUUGCUAUCAUCUACUUCAUUGCGGGGGUUCCAGGAGCCUAUGUGUUGUGGUAUCGUCCACUAUAUCGGGCAUUCAGGUCUGAGAGUGCUAUAAAAUUUGGGUGGUUUUUCCUGUUUUACUUGCUUCACAUUGGCUUCUGCAUUUUUGCUGCGGUUGCUCCUCCUAUAGUUUUCAAAGGAAAAUCUCUCACCGGUAUACUGCCUGCAGUAGAUCUAAUCAGCGGCAAAGCAUUAGUUGGGAUCUUCUACUUCAUUGGAUUCGGCAUGUUCUGUCUCGAGUCAGUGCUCAGCGUCUGGGUUAUUCAGCAAGUAUACAUGUACUUCCGAGGCAGUGGCAAAGCUGCAGAGAUGAAGCGCGAGGCUGCAAGAGGAGCCUUGAGAGCGGCAAUAUGACGCUGUCCUGACUGAACAAAGCCAUUGAGUGGUUGGGUUUGGUGUGCUUCAGGCAACGAAGAGUGAGAGUGAGCGUAUAGAAACUGUUUUCUUGAGAUGGGUACUUUCGAUACAUAUUUUGUGUGUUCAUUCUUUGUCAUAUGUAUGUUGUUUACCAUGGUUUAAUCAGAACACAUCGAGGGAACAGCUGUUCAAUAGAAACUAAAUAGAAGUAUAUCUGCUGUAUUUAGGUACUGAUUGUCUGUAAAUCGGUGUUGUUGACAUGUUGAUUUGCCUGAGAUUCAUUUCGGUUUCAUCGUUAGAGACCAUAAAUUCUAUGUUCCAAGUUUGAUUUGGUA